ACAUCAAUUAACUCAACUUUGCAGUGGAACGGGCCGAAAAGAAGGAGGUGGAGAACGAGGAGGAGGAGGAGGAGGAGAAAGAAGCGACCUGAGUGGUUUUAGCAAGUGUUGGAGACAACGUCGCAGAGGCCGGGGUGGCUGCGGCGGAGCCCGACUGCCGCCAGUACGGAUCCCAGGGCCGGACACUGCGUUAGCAGCUAUGGGGCGGACGGCGCCCGGGGUGCGCGGAGGAUAAGAGACCCGGCCCCGGGAGGGAAGGUGGGGACCGAGGGUCUGGUGAUCUCGCGGCCGCCUUGGAGGCCUUGGCUGCCUCUCCUCGGCUCCUACGUGUAUUAUCAUCCUUAUCACCGAUCUUGAAGAAAGUCAUGGAAGACGGCCCGCUGCCGGACCUCAGAGACAUCGAACUGAAGCUGGGGCGCAAAGUACCCGAGAGCCUGGCGCGCUCCCUCCGUGGGGAGGAGCCGGUUCCCGGGGAGAGGGACCGGGACCCCCGCGGGGGCGGCUGCGGCGGAGGCGGCGACGGCUGCGGCAGUAGCAAUAGCAGUAGCAACUGCAGCUUCCCCCCUUCCUCGUCUUCCUCCUCCUCCUCGUCCUCCCCAACCUCUAGCUCCCCACGACGUAGCCACUCCGGCACCUUGGAGAGGCUGGAAACCAAGCUUCACCUCCUUCGCCAAGAGAUGGUUAACCUCAGAGCCACAGAUGUUAGGCUCAUGCGCCAGUUGCUUGUUAUCAAUGAGAGCAUUGAGUCCAUCAAAUGGAUGAUCGAGGAGAAAGCCACCAUUACAAGCCGGGGCAGCAGCCUCAGUGGCAGCCUGUGCAGUUUACUGGAGAGUCAGAGUACCUCUUUACAUGGCAGCUACAACAGCCUACAUGAUGGCAGCGAUGGAAUGGAUGGUAUCUCUGUGGGAAGCUAUCUGGACACUUUGGCAGACGAUGUCCCAGGUCAUCAGACUCCAUCAGACUUGGACCAAUUUAGUGACAGCUCUAUAAUAGAGGACUCACAGGCACUAUCAAAGCACCCCAAAUUGGAUUCUGAGUACUACUGCUUUAGCUAAUGACCCAGGUUUUUUGUUUUUGUUUUCUGCACGGGACUGGUGUGCAAUUGACUUGUAUGCAUUCUUCUUCUCUGCUGCUAUAUUUUUGGUGUGAUUUUUUUUUUUUAAUGAGGCAACCUUUUUAAAGAAGCUUAUUUUUAAACUGCUUAAUGACAUUUCUGUUGCUCCUAAUAUUGCUCAUCUAGUCUGAUUUAUUUUUCUCUGUCACAUCUUUAUUUUUAUUUAUUUACAAUAAAACAUUCUCCCUUCUCUUACAGUAGCUUAGGCAAAGUGUAGGGGAAAGAAUAAGCAAUAAUGAUGUCUUUGUUUUUGUUUUCAGAGUAAGGGGUCAGGGAUUACAAAGAAAACUUUGCUAAAUUUUACAAUAAACCAAAGUAUGAUAAAUAUUAAUUUUGUUGUUGUGUCUUUAAAUGAUUCAAGAUUUUAUCUUGGAAUAUAC